AUGAUAAGAAUAUAUCCUUAUCCUUUCAGCAAAUAUGUUAAAUCACUGCCAGAUCCUCCGCCAGGCAAAUCAAGAGAAAUAAAGAAUUUUGAAUGCAAAAAAUAUAAAAAUGACUAUAGUUGGUUGCUGAAAGCGAAAAGUAAUUUGAAAAAAUGUUUUCACUUAUGUGACAUAUGCUCAAAAAAAUUUAAUUAUAUGAGAUGUCUAGUAAAGAAUUCAAAUGUUCAGUAUGAAUACAAUUUAAGUUACAACACUGCAAGAAGCAACCCUAAAGGUGGAAAAGAGGAAGUUGGCGAACAUAUGUCUGUUGCCCCGUUGUGUGGAAACCAUAAAAGUUUUAAGCAUAAGAAUGAACUAUGUGAUGUAAAAAACAACAUACUUAAGAUAAAUAGUAAUGCAUCGAAAAACAGUGUGGAUAGUAAUCAAAGUAUUACCAGCUUAAAAUCAGCAAAUGAUAAUAGUAUUAUAUUUAGCAAUUCUUUAAAUCACAACGAAACUGCUUGUUUGUCAUUUGAUGAUGACGUGUUUAUAUUCAUAGACGAUUAUCCAGGAAAACAUUCAAAUCGUUAUAAAAAAGAUGAAGAAAAAUGUGAUACACUAUUGCAAAAUGUGAACUCCUUAAAGGGUGAUGAUCUCAUGUGCCCCCAAUUUCAACUUGAUGAUACGAUAAUACACAUAAAAAGACACUUUAAAAAUGAUGUAUCCUAUUUUGCCUGUAAGCAUGUUAAGAUGAAUGAGUUGUACAAUUUAGAUGACGAAAGCGCCAAAUAUGACAGCAUAAAUAUUUAUAUGUGCGACAACAGUAUGGAAAGUUUCUCUAAGAAUGAUUGUGCACUAAACUCAAGUGAGGAAAAGGAACCAUUUAGCUUAACACAACCAAUUAUCAUCACUACAUUUAAUGAAAAGGAUGAAAAGAAGGAACAAAAUCAAGAAUUAGAUGACUUGAAAAACGUAAGUAACGACGGUCAUAGAUAUGAAUCUUUAAAGAGACACGAUUUAAAUGAAGGUAUUAAGCGCAUUGAUCUGAACCUUGAACAAAAUGGAAAUUAUGAAUUGUUUAAUGUUUCCCAUUUUUGCGUGAACGAAGAGUUUCCUGCUUUAUAUGCCUCAGGACAAGCUGAUAAAAACUGUAAAAGUCACAUCAAAAACGAGAGCAUGCGUAAAAUCAAUAAUAAUGGUAUCGAAGAGCAAGACAGAAUGGAAAAUCUAAAUAAAAAUAGUGAGCAGUAUGCACGUAGAAUCGAUGAUAAUUGUAAAAAAGACAAUAUAAUUCAAAAGCACGCGUUUAAAAGAAUGAACACGUACACAAAUUUGUUAAACAAGGAAAAAAAAACAAGAACGUUAAUAGAUGAAUUGCGGGAAAAACUGAUGAAGAGGAAAAAUUUAUAUCUUGAAAGUCAUAGUGAACAAAAUAAAAAUAUAUCAGCAGAUACGACACAAGAAGAGAAGAAAAAAAUAAUCGCUGAAAAAUGUGUCCAAAAUUUGGCGGCGAAUAACAGUACAAAGUGUUCUAAAGAAACGCACGGAAAUAGUGUACCCCCCGUGUCAGGCAAUUUGAAUGCAUUACGUAUUUAUAAAAGGCAUAACGUAAGUGAAAAAAAGACAAUUAACAAUGUUAAUAUUGAUGAAUUUAAAAGCAGACUUACAAACAGCGGAAACUUAAUUCUAAACAUUGAGGGGAGUGGUUCGAAGGGAUUAAAAUCAAUAUACAGUGAAGCAAAAAAUGUGAAGGGAAAAUCGACCUAUUCUGAUGACAAAGAAUAUGAAAAACAUGUUUAUAAUAGAGAUGUUGGUCAUGUAAAGCAGGAUGUAAAUAUCAUUACGGGAAGAAAUCAAAGUGGAUGCAAAAUGAGCAGUUUUGUAAAAUCCCAUAAAGGAUUCAAGGAUAAUGUGGGCAAAAAUAAUUACGAUAUAGAAAUAAAAUCUUUCACCAUUGAUGACAAGGAAAAAAGUAGCAAUUUAAAAUUGUUAGAACAAAUAAAAAGCUACAAGCUCGUGGAAGAAAACAAAGAGGGAGGAAUUACCUUCAAAGGGUACUACACUCCUUUUGACAAAGAACGAACAGAAGACAUAUGCGAAAAAAAUAAAUCAAGAAAUGCUCCAGAGGAUGAAAAAUUACAUAUAAGCAGAAAAGACAAAAGUAAAAAACGUUAUAAAUCGCAAAUAAUUGCAGGGAGAGAAGAAAAAACAUAUUUCACCGAUAGUAACUCUAAAAAGGUGGAAGUUAGCAGUGGUAACGAAAAUUCGUUUAAUUCGAAAGGUAUCUGUAGGAAAAGCAAAAAUGCAAUUGGAAUGAACGAGGAAAAUGUAGUUAAGAUGCCCUUGAAAGGAGAUGAAAAGGAAAAGGGAAAUAUAAUUUAUGGGAAAAGAAUCAAUGAUAAACACAGUAGUGAUAAAAGAAGCGGUCUUGAAAGUAGCACUAUUUUAAGACACAGCAUAUUCAACUCUUUAAGGCAAAAUUGCAAACCAGGAUUAAAAAAUGAAUUGAAAGACACUAACAGCAGUUCUAAGAAGGAAAACGGCGAUCGAAGUGGAGAUAAUUUGCCAACUUCCAAGGAACAGGAAAAUGGUUCAUCAAACGUGUGGAGCAAGGAUAUGUUCAUAUCUACUAAGAGCAACACUAAAUUGGGGAACAAUGUGAAUAGUAAUAAAGACGACUUAAUGAAAGAAACUAAAAUGAAAGGAUAUUACGUGAGAGACAAAAUAUAUGUGAAUCAAAUUAAGGGUGAACGCACGGAACAGAUGGGCGAGUCACAAGACGAAGUACAGACCACACGUGACACACCCCAAGAGGCGGACAAAUUAAAACGCUGCAAGAAGAAAAACGGAAAAGAGACAAAAAAUUAUGGAGAACGCAAGAAACAAAAUGAGACAAACAAAAACGAAUCCGAAGAAAGAUUAACUACAGAACUGAAAAAGAAAUUAAGUAACAUUUUAAGCUCAUGUACGAAUCCUAACAAAAUAAAUAUUCACAACAAAAUAUAUGCAUCCGAGAUGGAAAAAAUCAAAAUGGAUAACAACAAAAUGGCGUAUAUUAACAAUAAUUAUUUUUUUAAUGUUGACAAGGGUAACCAUUUUGAGAAUUGCGAAGAACAAGUAGCAAAAAAUUCUUCAAUGAAAUAUAAUUUUAAAAAGCUGGACUUGCAAUUCUGCAAAAAUAAAAACGAUUUUUAUAGCUUUAACUAUAUGAGCAAUGUCUUAUCAUCAAGCAGCUGUAGUGUGUCCAAAGAAUACAUCUUUAGGGAGAGCUACGAAUCUAAUAUUUUAGAUGAAAAAAUUAAUAAACUAAGUGAAUUAAGAAAAAAGUAUUUAUUAAAGAAAUAUUUAAAUGCAGUUUUGAACAAAAGUAAAAAUCAUUUUGUGGAUAGUAAAACAAGUAAAAAAGUGUGCAACAUGGAUGUUCCCAAGUUGGCUUACAAUGCGGCAAAAAAUAAAAUUGGUGAAAAGGCUGACCCGAAGAAAGAACCACUUGGGGGAGACCUACAUUUUAAACAGAGACCUAAUGAAAAAUUAAAAAUUUGUAAGAGGGAUACUAAACUAUGUCAAGCACCUCAAUCGCCAAAAAGACAGGAUAAAAUACCGAAACCAUUAGCUAGUCAAUUGGAAAUUAAUUCAGUGUCGCGCUUGGAAAAAACACAAUCGUAUCCAUUUGAGGAGUUUAACUUGUAA